GAAACCACCACAGAGUCAGUGCACCAAUAGCUAACGGAUAAACGUUGUUGUUAGUUGUCGUUCGUUCUUAAGAAUAAAUCGAACAAUUGUUAUACGAAAAAAAAUCGCCGGUACGCCGUUAUUGUGAUUAUUAUUAUUAUUGUGACUAUAUUUUUAACAUUCAGUGUGCAUCGUACGAAUUCUAAACGAUAUAUUGUCAUCAUUUUUUUCUCGGUCUUGGCAAUUUAUUUAAGACAAAACGUCAUGUAAUCGUAUACGGAUUUUACGAUAAUACUGGUAUCUUACGAGUCUAGUGCCGUUCGGACGACCGUACUGUACUUUUUAUAGGUAUUGAAGGUACGACGCCCGAUAAAGAAAUAAUUUGCUAACGUGAUAUUUUGGUGUUAUUAUACUAUUAUGUAUUACUCGUAUCAAAGGAAAAAGAUGUCCAACUUUCAAAGAAUAUAGUAAAUAUAUUUUUAUGACACAUAAACUUUACAGCUUUCCAAUAGAUAAGCUUUUGUAGAUCUAAUGCUUGUGCUAUAAUGAAGCACGAAAGCCAGCACCCAGAGCUUAUUUCAAAUGGAAAGGGAAAACCUUUCAAAAAAAGCAUCAGUUUAAGUGCCCUGGGUCUGGGAAAACUGUGGCGAAGGCGAUCUGUGACCAUAACCGAAUACGAUCCAUGUUACAAGGUCGUUUAUCUGGGCAACGUCCUCACUGGCAUAGCCAAAGGUGAAAUGUGCGUGGAGAAGCCGCUGUGCAGCCUUUGGAAAAACUACACGUGCAAUCAGAAACCGGACGUGCACAUGAAGUUGACUAUCACACAGUCGGGUUUGAAGGCGUUUACCAAAGAGCACGGGCUUACCGAAUACUGGAGUCACCGGGUCACCUAUUGCCUGGCGUCGCCGCAAUUCCCGCGAAUAUUCUGCUGGGUGUACCGGCACGAGGGUCGCAAGCUCAAGCAGGAACUCAGAUGCCACGCGGUCGUGUGCACCAAAGAGUCGGUGGCCAGACAGAUCGCGGGCCAACUGCGCGGCCGCCUGGCGCAGGCUCUCAGCGAGUUCAAGCGGGAUAAGAUCAGCCGGCAGAACGCUCGACUAUCGUUGGCUAACAGCGUGUACGAGAACCCGUCGUUGCCGCGUCGAAAGAUCCUGUUAUCCACCGGGUCGCAUAAUUACAGGCCGCCGUUGGAGCGGUCCAAGUCGGCGCCGCGGCUCGUGUCCAUCGAAGAGAGCUUGGAAGAGGAUGACGAACCGGCCGACUCCUGCGCAGCGUUUAGGAGAUGUCGAGCAGAGAACCGGUUGCGGACCGGCACGCUGCGCAACCGGUUGGGCGGACUUCACGGUUAUAGGGAGACGGCCGCCACCACUGCUGCAGCCAUUACUGCCGCCACCGUCGCCGCUGCUACUGAAUCCUCUGCCGACGGCACUACCGACGCCACUGGAAUGAUAGGCGAAAUCGAAAACCGACUAGCCAAAAACUUGCAGCUCGAAGACGUCGGAUCGACCGAUGACGGCGCACAACCAUCUCAAGACAUAGAUUGCGAUUCGAUUGAAUCAUUACCGUCUUAUCGAGACGUCGUAGCCGAAGAUCAAGAAUCCACUUCGUCCUCUUCGUCUUCGACGAUUUGCGUCGAACAACAACAGCAUGAACUGCUUCCCAAGUACAACGAAGUGAUUGUCGACUGUCCACAAGGUCCAGAAGACGUGUGCUACAAAUACAACAGCUUGGUCAGGGACCGGAAGAGGCUAUUCGAGAGCAUAGGUGGAGGCGUAGGUAAACGUCGCGAUCAGUUCAAACGAAUGAGCUCAGACUCGGAGCUUCUGGGCGCCUACAACAACCUGGUAAAGAACCGAAAGCUGAUGUUUGAAGGCUGUUAUCCAGAUGACGACGGUGACGACGAUUUGGACGUGAACGAGGAGGACUUGUUGGAUGAGGACAAAGACUGCGGAUAUCCGGAUGACGAGUCCACGCCCAGCUUACAGAGCAUAUCUAGUGGAGGAUCGGAUGCGUGCAAGAAGAUUGCUGUGGACCUGGAUUCGCUGUCAGAGGAGGACAGCGAUGAGAGUGGUUACGUGGAGGCGCCGCCGUCACGUUGUCCUGUCGAUGUGGCUGACCAUGUUGACAAGGAAAAAGAGCUUCACAAACGCAGUAAUCAUGCCGUGACCGCCAGGAAUGCUUCUGCUCGACGGGUCGGCGCGUGAAAAUCGCCCGCUUAAUACCAUAUAAAAAAGACUUUUGUUUUAAAAUUAUUAUUGAUUUUAUGAUUUUGAAAGCGUCGGGAGUGUAUUGCCACUGUGUGUCUUGUUUGCACCAGGCAAUACGAUGUAUUAUGACGAUAUUAUAUGUGUUAUUAUUAUAUUAUUAUAAUAUAUACCAACUAUUAUUGUUAUUAUAAUUAUUGUUGUUGUUAUUCCAAACGUGUGUGACCCCGGCGUGGGCGUGCGUUAGUCGAAUAAGAAACAAGGACGUCGAGAAUGAACAAGCGCAAAGCGUUAAUAUUAAAAAAAAAAAAGAAUUUUAAAUACCAUCUACCAGAACAAGCUCCUCCGUCGUCGUUAUUGCAGUUGUUUUCGCGUGGAAGAAAUAAUCGUUACAAUACUGUAGAUAACUCAUCGUGAAAAGCAUUGCCUGCGGACAAAAACUUGUUUUUUCUGUCAUUAUUAUUAUUAUUAUUAUUACUUUUAACAUUGUAAAAAAACCAACCAGUUACAACGUAUUUAUUUCAACUUUUUCGUACGAAAUUUAAUAUACCAUGAUUUUUUUGUCGUCAUUUGCCACUCGCACUCGUACGUUACGCUAUUAUAUAACACUAUAAUAACAAUAAUAAUAAUAAUAAUAAUAAUAAUAAUAAUAACAACAACAAUAAUAAUAUCAUAGAUAAUUAUUACGUUAUGUGUACAUUUAUAUUUUAUUAUGUGUAAAUGUCACAAAUCGACCUAGUCAAGCAAUCGUGUAUUAUUAGGAAUUAGUGUUUUUAGGUUGCGAAUCGUAUGUUUUAUAGUUUAAUAUUAUGUAUAAGUAUAUAUGUAUGUGUGUAUGUGUAUUGAGUAUGUGUUGCUGGGAGAAAUGAAAGGGUAGAGCAAUAGGACUAUUAGAGAAAGAGUGUUUUGUUGGGCCUUUGCUGACGAUAUUUUACUGUCGUAAAACAUACGAUUAAUACCAAAUAAGGUGCUAGCUAUAAUUUAUCGAAUUAGGCUUUUGAUUAUAUUUUUUUUAGGUAGAGGUGUGGCCCACUCCAUUACUUUCAAAUUCUAUCAUUAUGCACUUUUUUCUAUACCCUUUCAAACAAAAUUUGUGAUUUUUUUUAAAAAAUUUGAAAAUAUAAUAUUUUUAAUUGAAUUAGCUUAUCGAGC